AUGGACAGCCCAGACGCACCAUCGAGCGAACACGUCAAGCCCCGCGAGGUCCCUUACUGCGGCUUCUGCUCCCUGCCACCAGAGUACUGCGAGUUUGGCCCUACUCUCGAUAAGUGCAAGCAGUGGUUGAGCAAGAACGACAAGGUCCUGUAUGCCAUCCUUUACAACACCCUCGACGACCAGCUCGCCGCUGCCUCCCUUAAUGAAACUCCUGAGGAUGACAAGAAGAAGGCCAAGGAGGCCGCCAAGAUUGAGAAGCAGAUGCAAAAGAAGAUGCAAUCUAAGGUUCUGAUCAAGAGGAUUGAGCGUACCAAGAGAAAGUGUGUCACCAGCGUUUUCGGAUUGGAGAACUUUGAUGUGGAUCUCAAGAAGGCUGCCAAGUUGUUUGCCAACAAGUUUGCUUGUGGAUCAUCUGUCACAAAGAACAACCAGGGCAACGACGAGAUUGUGGUUCAAGGAGAUGUGUCGGACGAAAUUUUUGACCUCAUUCUGGAGCACUGGCCCAUUGUUCCUGAGGACAACAUCGAUCUGAUCGAGGACAAGAAGAAAGGCAAGUAA